AUGUCUUUCUCAAGAAACCGUCGUCAGCAUCGCCCUGUCAUCGAACCUAUCCAGACGGGGCAUGCAAAUCUCUUAUACAAAUCGCAUGUAUUCUCUAGACGGAGACUCAGCCCUUUGUCGGGAGUCGUCUCAACAGAGAUGGCUUCUCUUGACUCAGUCGUGUCCAGCGGUUGCCGCACGAGGAGGGAGAUGCGAUUCGUGGAGAAGCAGGCUCUGCACCGGCUACAUAUACCAGGAACUACACCCAACGUGACGAGACAAGCAAACCCAGGGUUUAAUCCUGUUUAUUUUGGGCCAUGCGUUCGGCGGCCAUCGAUUGCUGUCGAGUCACCUUCUUCAGCAAGGGGUCAUCACAUUCCUGCAAGUCGAGGUGACAUCUCUUUGCCAUGUUCGCCCACGACUCUUCACAUGUCGCUUUCUGUCAUUCUGUCAGCCAACUACAACACCCCGGUCUCCCCCUCUUGUGAAUCCGAUAUUCGACGGAGGCACCUUGCAGAUUUUCAACGAGCACGCCUAGAACUCUGGCAACAGGGAGCUCAAAGAUUUGGCCGCCUCGAAGACGCAGACGUAUUCGUCAGGCCACUGCCACUUGGAAAAAGUCAUGAGAACAUCGGAUCACCGUCGAGAGAUCCAGACUCGCCAUUCACUGUGUCUCUUUCUUCCCUUUUGCCCUCUCCUGCCUUGCCAUCCCCUGCCUUGCCAUCUCUAACUUCAACAUUGUCGAGGCAGUUGUCUGUCCGAGCCAUUAUCCAUUCAAAGUCACACUCGCCCAUUGUCUUGAAGCGUGAGUUUGGCCUGGAUGAUUUGAGAAAAACUAUUCCGGAUCCUCUGCCCUCCCCUCGGUCACCCAACUUCAAUCCUGAGGCCCUGUUGUCCGUUCUGGAGCCAUUGAACAGAAAACGAAGGGCAUCUUGUUCGCCAGAAUCCGACUCCACCAAUGCAAGCCAUAAUGAGAACGAUAGUGAUGAUGGAGACAAAGGGAGUGAUGGAGACCCAGAAAUGACUGCAGAAACUACGGCUUCCCCUGAACCAUGUCGUCGUCCAAGAGUCUCAGCUCAACCUACUAUUGUGCCCAUAAAUGUUCAAUACGCACGGGCACAGUUACCAGCGUUGGCCGCCAUCAUCAUGUCGGGUCGAGUACGACAAGGAGAUAUGAUUGAUCUGGCAUUGCCUCAUCCACAGGUAUGGCCUGAGACGGUAGCAUAUGUCUACACUGGAGAGGCACAGCUUCUCACAGAGCAGACCAAGGAGAAUAUUCUAUAUCUGGGUGGGAAGAUCUAA